AACCAGUGUGUUAGACAACGGUGUCAGACUCGCUAUUGAAGAUGUGCGUUCCAGUGCGAACACAGAGCUUCUAUAGCAGUUUGACUAUGCCGUGAUCGCACACCACACAGGGACGGUGCUUCAUCGUCAUGAAACCUGAACUGGCCAUCUUUGGGUUUGUUGCCUUGGCGUCCGCCACAAUUCUUUGGGAUGGCAGGUUUAGCGAUUAUAGCACUGCUGCUGACUUCGACAAGUGGAGUUGGAGCAACCAAGUUGGGCAGUACCAAACAUACAUCUAUGGCAACUUGCAUGGCGAGACAGCUUCGUCUUGGCUGACUCUCGGCAGUCAGUUUAAGAACCCUGCAACUAGUGCUGAGGCACAGGGUGCGAAAGUCAAGCUCAACGCUUCAUUUACUUGGAAUGGUGGUCCUAUGCUUAGGACUGAGCUAAUUCCUCAGACGAUGAGCUCGCUCUCUGGCCACCUGUACUUCCAUGUAUCUCUACAAAUUCCAACUGUGAACGCCCCAGACCCCGCCUACGAGCACCAGAUCGUAUUUUGGGAAGGUCACUUUGCUGACAUCAAGUACGGACAACUGUCUGUGAAGGGAACUUGGUACAACUUCAUUCUCGAGACUGGCUCCCCUGGAGGUUUAUGGGUCUCAACAGGAAGCAGUCUUUUGCAAAAGGUGUUCACUGGGUCGCUCAACGGUAAUGGUGGGACUGACUGGCACAUUGGUGCUUUGAGGUUACCUGUGAAUGGACAGACGCAACAAAUCACGGAAACCGAUAUUUACUACAGCGGCAUCUACGUUGAGGACUCUGGGCCAACUACCCAGCCUUGAACUUUGAAAAUGUGGAGCUAGAGUCAAAAGCAAUGCGAAGGACAGUGUUGUAGAUUCUGGCGUACAUGGUCGAAGCUAGGCAUGUUCUAUGUGUACAAUCAAAGCACGGAGGUAUAAAUGUAACAUCCCUAA